AUGACAGCUGAACAAAUUAGUUUUACAGAACAAAUACCUAUUGCACCAAUUAAAGGUAUUGUACCUGGUUAUGAACAUCUAACACAAAAAUCAGUAUUAGCUUUUUUAUAUGCAUAUGAAAAUUAUUUGAAUGAUUUUGAUUGGUUUAUUAAAGCAGAUGAUGAUACAUAUUUAAUUAUUGAACAUUUAAAAAAAUUUUUAAGUAAACAAAAUUCAUCAGAACCUAUUACAUUUGGAUAUAAUUUUAAGGUUAUCGUUCCACAAGGAUACCAUUCCGGUGGAGCAUCUUAUGUGUUAAGUCGAGAAUCAUUACGACGAUUUCAUGAAGCACAUAAAGAUCCAACAUCAAAUUGCCGUAAAGAUGAAGGUAGUGAAGAUGUUGAAAUAGCUAAUUGUCUUCGUACAAAAGGUGUUUAUCCAGGCAAAUCACUCGAUAAAGAAAAUCGUGAAUUAUUUCAUCCACUUUCAUUUACUGAUCAUUUUCGGGGCUAUUUUCCUGAUUGGCUUCUAAAAUAUGCUGAAAAUUCAUUACGCACUCACUACGAUUGUUGUAGUGAUGAAACUAUAUCAUUUCAUUAUGUUUCUCCUGAAGAACAAUAUCUUAUGAAUUUUCUAUUAUAUCGAGCUCAUCCAACAUCAAACAUAAUUAAGUCAAACAGAUCAUCAACAUGA